UUCGACUGAUUGGUAUAAUCAGCAAAUUGCUCGAGAGAACGACGGCGCAAGUCAAGAAAACGCGCGAGAAUUUUGGGAUGACAUCAGAUUACGCAUGGAGACGUUAAAGAGAGAUCUUGUCGAAAGUAAUGCGUCAGCAAGUUUACGACAAAGCUAUGAGCGUGCCUUGAGAACAUAUCCCAACAUUCGCAAUAUCCCUUUAUCCAAGAAUAUAUUGCGCAUUUGUUUUGUGUUUGAUGAAGCACGGUAUCUUCUUAAAGUCGGACCUAUUACUGAAACAAGUGGAAGUGAGAAGGCUGACGAAAACAAAGCAUUUUAUAACAUGCGUCGCGCUUUGGUGCAUUUUGACGAUAAGGUUAACGUGUUUACUUUGGUGAUGGAUACUGUGUCUCGACUGUCCAAUUUUCAACCUACACAAACUGCAGAUCCAUCAGCUCGUGUCGAGUCUGAAGGAAAAGGUUUGUUUGAACCGCUCUAUUUAUGUGUUACAACGGAUGUCAUGGCUACAAGAAUCAAUACGAACAGAAAACUAGAAGAUGCCGUUCGUCCCUCCAUUCUUUAUCGAUAUGGUCGGCCAAUGUGGGGUGCUCAAAUUGACAAUCGAGGACAAGAAGACAUAGAGACAUACCUUCAAAGACUUGUGUUACUUGCUUCCAACAAAAUUAUUGGAGGGAAAAAUUUAAAUUUUACAACUGAAGAAAUUGACCAUACAUCGGCAUUAGCAAUUCUUGCUAUCCGCUUAUGCUUGCAUGUAACACCACUUGCUCAACUGUCAGCCGAAUUGGUUGCUAGCCACAUGCGUGUAUGUACUUUCAUCUCACCAGAUCGAAUGAUGCUGAUCAGCAGUUAUCCAGUGGAACCAAUUUUGGCAGAGGCAGCUGCUAGGCAUAUGCAAAUGAUUCCUAUGCGUGUGUUACUUCGUCAUCUUCUGAAGGCUAUACGUAGUG